CAGAUAGACCAGGAAGCAUGAGAAAAAAAGAUGAAAUGACUGUAAAAAGUCAAUGUUUAACUAAAAGUUUGGUGUAAACUUUUUUUUUCUUACAGACUUUCUUCUACCUUUUGAAAACCCAUCGAAUAUCUUCAGAAUGGCCAGCAGAGGAACUGUUAAAGCCAGUGCCAACUUCAAUGCAAGUGAAGAUGCAGAGGUUCUGCAUAAAGCCAUGAAAGGACUCGGGACUGACGAAGAUGCUAUCCUGCAGCUGCUGACUGCUCGCAGCAACGGUCAGCGGCAGGAGAUCAAGGCCGCCUACAAGACUCUGUUUGGGAAGGACCUGGUGGAUGACCUCAAGGGAGAGCUUGGUGGUAAAUUUGAGACACUGAUUGUGGCUCUUAUGACCCUGCCUCUUACUUAUGAUGUGACAUGCCUUCGAAAUGCUAUCAAGGGGGCAGGAACAGAUGAGAAGGUUCUGGUGGAGAUACUUGCUUCAAGAACAGCUCAGCAGGUGAAGGACAUUGUUGCUGCUUAUAGACAAGAGUACGACGAUGACUUGGAGGAGGAUGUAUGUGGGGACACUUCAGGUCACUUCAAGAGACUCUUAGUUAUUCUGCUUCAGGCAAGCCGUCAGACGGGUAUCCAGGAGGGAAACAUCGAGAGUGAUGCUCAGGCUCUGUUUAAAGCAGGAGAGGAGAAGUUUGGAACCGAUGAACAAUCAUUUGUCACCAUUCUGGGAAAUCGAAGCGCACAACACCUGAGGAAAGUGUUCGAUGCCUACAUGAAACUGUCUGGAUUUGAGAUGGAGGAGAGCAUUCAGAGGGAAACAUCUGGAGGCUUGAGGGACCUGCUAUUAGCAGUAGUGAAGUGUGCCAGAAGUGUUCCAGCCUAUUUUGCUGAGACUCUUUACUAUGCUAUGAAGGGUGCAGGUACUGACGAUAACACUCUAAUUAGAGUGAUGGUGACUCGCAGUGAAGUCGACAUGUUGGACAUCCGGGCCGAGUUCAGGAAGAUGUUUGCUUGUUCUUUGCACUCAAUGAUCAAGGGAGAUACUGGCGGUGACUACAGGAAGGCUUUACUGAUGCUCUGUGGUGGAGAUGAUGCAUAACUUCAUCGGUUAUUGAUAUUAACUCACCUGAAGUGCCUCAUCAUUUAAAAUUCUGUUCUUUUUGUUUGUAUAUCCAUCAGGUCUUUUUAAUCCAAAUAUUGUUUUUGAAUGGUAGCUAACAUUUUGUUCACAUUAUUGCAGCUUUUUCUACUAAUAUGAUUCAUUUAUUACGCCGAAGGACCAGAUAACAGUUGUUUUCUUUGCACUUUGUAUGUCAGAACAAUUUCUGCAACAUUAAAUGUUUCACUUGAUGAAG